CGUGGUUCCGCACAUGUGAUGAACUGUCAUGGAAGCCCCCAUGCGCAAAAAUAUUGUGUGAAAGCUAGCUGUAGCUAAUUGUUCAAUCGAAUAUUGUUUUUAACAAUUCCUAGAUAUGAGAUAUUUACUUAGACUUGGACCUUCGUUAGCCCGUCUAAAUGUACGGUUAUGUCACCAAAGUGUGUGGAGCAGUCACGGAACGAUACGAAAAGUGGGAGUGGAUUUGGGGGAGAAGAAACUUGAGAUCUCCACUGGUAAAUUUGCCAGAUUUGCAGAUGGGUCUGCAGUGGUUCAGCUUGGAGACACUUCUGUGAUGGUGACAGCCGUCAGCAAAACCAAACCGUCCCCUUCCCAGUUCAUGCCUCUUGUUGUGGACUACAGACAGAAAGCAGCUGCUGCUGGUAGAAUCCCCACUAACCAUCUAAGACGCGAGUUGGGCACCACUGAAAAUGAGAUUCUGACCAGUAGGCUUAUUGACAGAUCAAUAAGACCCCUUUUUCCUGCUGGGUAUUUCUACGAUACUCAGGUGGUGUGUAACCUGUUGGCUGUGGAUGGUGUCAAUGAUCCAGACAUAUUAGCUAUUAAUGGAGCCUCUGCUGCUCUGGCCCUGUCUGAUAUUCCUUGGAAUGGACCCAUUGGUGCGGUGCGUGUUGGCCUGGUGGAAGGAGAGUUCUUGGUCAACCCUACACGGAAGCAGAUGUCCUCCAGCACCCUGAACCUUAUUGUGGCAGGAGGACCCCUCAGCCAAGUGGUUAUGAUCGAGGCAUCGGGUGAAAACGUGUUGCAGCAGGAUUUCUGUCACGGGGUCAAGAUUGGGGUCAAGCACACCCAGCAGAUCAUCCUGGCCAUCCAGCAACUGGUACGAGAGCAGAAAGUGACCAAGCGCACCCCUCCCAAGAUGUUCUCCGCUCCCCCAGAGAUGGUGGAGCUUGCACGACAAUUAGCUUAUGAAAAGAUACGUGCUGUUUUCACAGAUGCUGAAUAUGAUAAGAUUGCUAGAGAUGAAGCCAUCAACAAAGUCCGUCUAGAAACAGAGGAGCAGAUUAAAGAGAAGUUUCCUCAGGCAGAUAACUUUGAAGUCAUGGAGUCCUUCAACACGGUCUCCAAGGAUGCGUUCCGUAACCUGGUGUUGAAUGAGUACAAGAGGUGUGAUGGUAGAGACCUGACUUCAUUGAGGAACAUCUCCUGUGAGGUGGAUAUCUUCAAGCCUCUCCACGGAUCAGCAUUGUUCCAGAGAGGACAAACACAGGUGCUGUGCGGUGUGACAUUUGACUCGCUUGAAUCCAGUGUUAAAACUGAUAUAAUCACUACAGCUUUAAGUGGAGUCAAAGACAAAAACUUCAUGCUCCAUUAUGAGUUCCCUCCAUAUGCAACCAAUGAGAUUGGAAAGAUGAGUGGAAUGAACAGGAGAGAGCUGGGUCAUGGGGCUCUGGCAGAGAAGGCCCUUAGACCGGUCAUCCCUAAAGACUUCCCCUUCACCAUCAGAGUCACCUCAGAAGUACUGGAGUCCAAUGGAUCCUCAUCUAUGGCAUCUGCCUGUGGAGGCAGUCUGGCCCUCAUGGAUGCAGGCGUGCCUAUCUCGUCAGCCGUGGCGGGUGUAGCUAUAGGGCUCAUCUCCAAACAUAACCCUGAGAAGCCUGCAGAGAUCCAGGACUAUAGAAUAUUAACAGACAUUCUGGGAAUAGAAGAUUACCUAGGAGACAUGGACUUCAAGUUGGCAGGAACGAGCAAGGGCAUCACUGCCUUACAGGCUGAUGUGAAAAUCCCAGGCUUACCUCUGAAAGUGGUUAUGGAAGCUAUUCAGCAAGGAACAGUGGCCAAGAAAGAGAUUUUAGCCAUCAUGAACCGUGCCAUUGCCAAACCAAGGGAUACCAGGAAGAGUAAUGGCCCUGUUGUAGAGAAUGUCCGGGUUCCUGUUUCAAGAAGAGCCCGUUUUGUUGGACCAGGGGGCUAUAACCUCCGCAGGCUACAAGCCCAGACAGGUGUGACGAUAAGCCAGGUGGAUGAGGAGACCUUCUCUGUGUUUGCCCCGACGCCGGGGGCCAUGAGCGAAGCCCAGGAGUUCAUCACAGAAAUCUGCAAGGAUGACCAAGAGCAACAGCUGGAGUUUGGAGCUGUUUACACUGCGACUAUCACAGAGAUAAGGGACAUUGGUGUGAUGGUCAAGCUGUACCCCAACAUGAGUGCUGUCCUGCUCCAUAACUCCCAGCUGGACCACAAACGGAUAAAACAUCCGAGUGCUCUAGGGUUAGAUGUUGGCCAGCAGAUACAGGUAAAAUACUUUGGACGAGACCCAACAGACGGACGAAUGAGGCUUUCACGGAAGGUGUUACAGUCCCCCGCGGCAACCAUUGUUAAGACGCUGAGUGAGAAACAAAGCAUCUCCAUGGGAACAGAGAGUGACGAAGCUGCCAGCCCCUCCUCGUGACUCACCACCUUCUCUGAAUCAGAGUAGCCUACUUAUGUAUAUAGAUACAUUUUAGGAUUUGGACUGAAUGGUUAAUACAUGGUAUUAACCAUAUUAACUGAAUGGUUGAGACAUGACCUAAUCUUCCUCUCUGCCGAGACUAACUGUAUCACUGUUUUUACACACAAACUGUAUCCUUACAAGGUUUACACUCAAUUAUGUUGAACCCAGCAUCAAUCGAUUGAGCAUCGAUUUAGCUGACUUGCCUAAAACACAGUUUUGAGUUGUGGGGGGGGGGGGGGGGGGGUCCAUAGACAUGUAUUUUUGUUUGCAGAAGUUUGUGAAAUCUUUUCCAGUUC